AUGGUGGUGGUGAAAAGCCGGAGUAACCAGAGAAAAACACCAUUCUCCGACCAGCACCUGGAUAUGAUGGCAAUCCAAGGCUCGACAACAGGUCCUACUGUCAGUAGCUCACAACAAAUGAGCUCAAGUUCUUCGAGUGCUAGUACACAGCAAACGACAACGAUUUCGCCUAUCGGUAGUACACAAGAAAUUAGUUCUAGCUCACCCAGCGGAAGUACACAACAGAUGAGUUCCAAUUCAGCCAGCGGAAGCACACAAGAUAUGAGAUCUAGCUCACCAGGCAGUAGUGCGCAAUACAUGAGCUCUAGUUCACCUAGCGGUAGUACACAGCAAAUGGGUUCAAGUUCACCCAGCGGUAGCACACAGCAAAUGAGUUCAAGUUCAUCCAGCGGAAGCACACAGGAUAUGAGUUCUAGCUCACCAGGCAGUAGUACGCAAUACAUGAGCUCUAGUUCAACCAGCGGAAGCACACAAGAUAUGAGUUCAAGUUCAUCUGGCAGUAGUACGCAAUACAUGAGUUCAAGUUCAUCCAGCGGUAGCACACAGCAAAUGAGUUCUAGCUCACCAAGCAGUAGUACGCAAUACAUGAGCUCAAGUUCAUCCAGCGGAAGCACACAAGAUAUGAGUUCUAGCUCACCAGGCAGUAGUACGCAAUACAUGAGCUCUAGUUCACCUAGCGGAAACACACAAGAUAUGAGUUCAAGUUCAUCUGGCAGUAGUACGCAAUACAUGAAUUCAAGUUCACCCAGCGGUAGUACACAGCAAAUGAGUUCAAGUUCACCCAGCGGUAGUACACAACAAAUGAGUUCAGGUUCAUCCAGCGGAAGCACACAGGAAAUGAGUUCUAGCUCACCAGGCAGUAGUACGCAAUACAUGAGCUCUAGUUCACCUAGCGGUAGUACACAGCAAAUGGGUUCAAGUUCACCCAGCGGUAGCACACAGCAAAUGAGUUUAGGUUCAUCCAGCGGAAGCACACAGGAUAUGAGUUCUAGCUCACCAGGCAGUAGCACGCAAUACAUGAGCUCUAGUUCAACCAGCGGAAGCACACAAGAUAUGAGUUCAAGUUCAUCUGGCAGUAGUACGCAAUACAUGAGUUCAAGUUCAUCCAGCGGUAGCACACAAGAUAUGAGUUCUAGCUCACCAGGCAGUAGUACGCAAUACAUGAGUUCUAGUUCACCUAGCGGAAGCACACAAGAUAUGAGUUCAAGUUCAUCUGGCAGUAGUACGCAAUACAUGAGUUCAAGUUCACCCAGCGGUAGUACACAGCAAAUGAGUUCAAGCUCACCUAGCGGUAGUACACAGCAAAUGAGUUCAAGUUCACCCAGCGGUAGUACACAACAAAUGAGUUCAGGUUCAUCCAGCGGAAGCACACAGGAAAUGAGUUCUAGCUCACCAGGCAGUAGUGCGCAAUACAUGAGCUCUAGUUCACCUAGCGGUAGUACACAGCAAAUGAGUUCAAGCUCACCUAGCGGUAGUACACAGCAAAUGAGUUCAAGUUCACCCAGCGGUAGCACACAGCAAAUGAGUUCAGGUUCAUCCAGCGGAAGCACACAGGAUAUGAGUUCUAGCUCACCAGGCAGUAGCACGCAAUACAUGAGCUCUAGUUCAACCAGCGGAAGCACACAAGAUAUGAGUUCAAGUUCAUCUGGUAGUAGUACGCAAUACAUGAGUUCAAGUUCAUCCAGCGGAAGCACACAAGAUAUGAGUUCUAGCUCACAAGGCAGUAGUACGCAAUACAUGAGCUCUAGUUCACCUAGCGGAAGCACACAAGAUAUGAGUUCAAGUUCCUCUGGCAGUAGUCCGCAAUACAUGAGUUCAAGUACACCCAGCGGUAGUACACAGCAAAUGAGUUCAAGUUCACCCAGCGGUAGUACACAACAAAUGAAUUCAGGUUCAUCCAGCGGAAGCACACAGGAAAUGAGUUAUAGCUCACCAGGCAGUAGUACGCAAUACAUGAGCUCUAGUUCACCUAGCGGUAGCACACAGCAAAUGAGUUCAGGUUCAUCCAGCGGCAGUAGGACGCAAUACAUGAGCUCGAGGUCAUCCAGCGGAAGCACACAAGAUAUGAGAUCAAGUUCAUCUGGCAGUAGUACGCAAUACAUGAGUUCAAGUUCACCUAGCGGUAGUACACAGCAAAUGAGUUCAAGUUCACCCACCGGUAGUACACAACAAAUGAGUUCAGGUUCAUCCAGUGGAAGCACACAGGAUAUGAGUUCUAGCUCACCAGCCGGUAGCACACAAAUAGGUUCUACUGCCAGUGCUACGCAAUCAACCACCGAAACAACGACGACGACAGCGAUUCCAACGACAACAAAUUAUCAAUCCACUUCCACCCAGCAAACAACUACAACAAAUGCUCAACCCACUUCCACCCAGCAAACAACGACAACAAAUGCUCAACCCACUUCCACCCAGCAAUCAACGACAACAAAUGCUCAACCCACUUCCACCCAGCAAACAACGACAACAAAUUCUCAACCCACCUCCACCCAGCAAACAACGACAUCAACUAACGCCAUUGAUACAACUGCGUGUGUAAAUGGAACCGGAAGUUGUUUCCUCCAGGACGAUUCGCUGGGUGCUGGAGCAUCUUCCCUCUGCGACUUCGUCUUCGUUCGUCAGCUGUUUAUAUCCGUCUCCAUGACAUUGGUGACGUAUGUGCUGAAGUUGUAG